ACGCCAUGCACACUCAUCUUGCGAAAAGGCUUUACAUUAGGCACUCAAAUUUCCAUCACACUUAUACAUUUCGAAAUCACUCGAAUUAUUGUACCCACUACUGCUUUUACGAGUGAAACUUCCUCUGUCUACAGCACAGAUCCUCAACUUCAGACGUGAAUACCACCCAAUCUCUACAGUCAAACCGCCCUUUGCCAACCUCAGAAGCCGAACGUAAGCGUGCGCGCGGACUAGAGCAAGACACAACUACUGUGUCACUUCAACGCAUACUUCUAUCCACGCAGGACAUAGAACGCACAAUACAGAACUGAAGGGUGAAACUUUUAUCUCAACUUUCAAUCCUUCUCUCAUGCCUGAGGCUGAAAGAACCUCCAAUGGGGAUUAUGAAGAAAUCGAUUAUUGUACAUUCGAAGCAGUUGAUUACGACAGACUUAUGUCUUGGAAGGCUGGUGACGGUAGAAUAAGUGUUGGUGUUAGAGAAAUGACACAGCAAAACGCACGCAUAGAUACAAUUGACGCUCUUCUACCCAGGGGUCGAAGCGUGAUCGUUAACAAAAUGAGUUUCAAAUUGGUGCGGGGGAACUAGGGAAAACCUUCAUUCCAAAUCGCACGACCUGUGUCAAAAUUUAUCUUCACUUCCAACUUAGCGUCGUAAUGGUCGCCAUUUGGAAAAGACAGCUUUACUGCUUCAGUUGUUGGGUUUCCAGUUUCCUCUUCUAUCUUCCUGGAUUUGCUAGUCGCCAUUGCUGAGUAGAGGUACUCACCCAGUACCGCCCUCCAAUCCUCAACUGAUUUCAUAUGCC